AUGGUCGAGGAGUUUGUUUCUGUGGUUACAGACACCGUGCCAGAGCUGCUUACCAACUCUCAGCGAACCCAACUCCUCCUGGGCCUUAGAACGCGGAAAGGUUGUCCCAAUGAGUCCCGCCCGUCAUACAACGAGGCUCUCAAGUCCCUCAUGGAGAUAUUGCUGUCCAGACUGGAGGGAUUUCUUCCUGGGCAAACCUUCAAACAGGUCGCCUCCACUUGUGAUGAGGUGUCCUCUGCUCUGGGAGAAUGCUUGAAGUCCAUGCACGGCUAUGAUGAGCUCAAAACCGUGCUUCAUUAUCAUAAGAACCAAAGCCAACAUAAACACAUAAAUAUUCCUUCAGAUGAUAUCUCUGCUCCCGAGCGUGCCGCAGUUAAAGAUCAUUGCUUUCAGGAGACCACGACAUUCACAGCUUCUCCAAAUGAAGAAUCUAUAUCAGACACUGCAGAUCAGCUCGGGAGAGAGAGUGACGAAUCUUACGAAACUGACGAAUGGGAUUCAGAAGAAACCACGGACAAGGAAGACAACACUGACGUCCCUGGUCCUAAAAUGGAUAGCUGCGCUCAAGGAAAAACACUUGACGGAUGCUCACCAUCUCGACCUGUUCGUUCAAACCGAGGUCUUAAAAUGAAAAUGAUUUUGAUGGAAGAAAAAAAAGGACUUAACGGUGAAGAAAAUCGCCCAGUGGAAAAAAACCCUCCCAGUCAAAUACAAGCGCCGAUAACGAGUACUCCCGAUUCUUCAGAUAACAAAGACGACGGAGGCGAAUGCUCGUCUUGGUCUUUCUACACGGAUGAUGACUCUCUGAGUCUCAGUUCAUGGUCAAGGAACUCUACCCUCUCGGAUGACGACGUACCCGAAGUCACACGUGACAGCUCAUCUCCGAUCUCCUUACACGAGGACACUUCUGACAUAGAAACAUAUAAAGCUAUCCCCAUAAAGAAGGUCCCUCGCCGAAGCGGUCCUUCCAAAAAACCCCGUAAAACCAAAUGCUUCAUCUGUAACGAGCAAGUGAGCACCAACUUAGACCACCAUAUUAAAACAAUCCACUUCCCAAACGGUGACUACACCUGCCACAAAUGCAACACCAGGUAUAAAAGUCUCGCAUCUCUCAGGACGCAUUUAGUCAAAACAUGCUACGACCAAGCUCAGCAGCAGUUAGCGCUUUACAAGUGCGACCUCUGCGAAAAGGGCUUCAGGUACAAGGUAUCGCUAGACGCCCACAAACAGACUCACAACGAACUCUACUGCAGCGUAUGCCGGAAGGUCUUAAAAGAUGCGGCAACUCUUGAAAGACACAAAGCUUCCCACACCCAAACCGGCUUUCACUGCACCCGUUGCGAGGAAACCUUCCCUGGUUUUAAACCCUUGCGCAGCCAUUACAACCACUUCCACAAUCUUAGCAAACCCUUUCAGUGCAAAUGUUGCUCCAACACGUACUCCAAACUGGAGUAUUUAAUCCGACACGAAUGGAGGAGCAGCGGUCAUUUACCGUUCCAAUGCAAUAUUUGCAGUAUGAGAUUUAAAAACGACAGCACUCUGGUUUCGCACCAAAGGGUUCACACGAAGGAGAAACCCUACCUCUGCGGAGAUUGCGGCAAAACCUUCUCCCAAAGAACCAAUUUUCUACGCCACUACCGUUUCCUCCACGGCGAUUCUAAAAACGAAAAGAAAUACUUCUGCACGGUUUGUCAGUCGUCCUUUAAAGCGAAAGGAGCGCUUACGAAGCACCAUAAAAAGAAACACCUCAAGGAACUCGUCCGCCAUCUCUGUCCGUAUUGCGGGAAGACGUUUUCCGCCUCAGCUAUCGCUAGGCAUAAAUUGUUACACACCGGAGAAAGGCCUUUGAAAUGCAGCGUUCCCGGUUGUGACAAAUCUUUCUUGUCAGCUCCCGAGAAGAAAAGACAUGUUCUCAUGCACCACUCCACCGAACGACCCUUCAAAUGCGAUACCUGCGGAAAGGGCUUCAUCACCGUCGGUUUUCGGAAUGCGCAUAGUAAAGUACAUUUGGGCAAGAGGCCGUUUCAGUGCUACAUCUGCUUCAAGGCUUUCCCAAAGCUCUACAAUUUGAUUAGGCACAAACAGCUCUCAAAGUGGAUUGGACAUCUGGCGCCGUUCGUGGCACUGAAACACGAGUUAAUGAAGUGA